UGUUUAAAUUUGCAGCUGACGGCUGCUACCUCUCUAGAGACCCCGGCUGGAGAGUCUCUCAGCAGCGGUGACCAGUCUGGGAGUCACAGCUGCAGCCAUGAACUACCCCCUAACCCUGGACAUGGACUUCAUGAACAACCUGGAUGACCUGGAUGACCUGUACAAGGAAUUAGCCAACUACAAUGACAGCACAGAGACACCCCUGGUGGAAUAUCAUCUCUGCUCCACAGUUGAGGGGGCCCUGCUGACCUCCUUCAAGGCUGUGUUCAUGCCCGUGGCCUACAGCCUCAUCUUCUUCCUGGGUAUGCUGGGCAACAUCUUGGUGCUGGUGAUCCUGGAACGGCACCGGCAGACUCGCAGCUCCACCGAGACCUUCCUGUUCCACCUGGCGGUGGCCGACCUCCUGCUAGUCUUCAUCCUACCCUUCGCUGUGGCCCAGGGCCCUCUGGGCUGGGUCCUGGGGACUUUCCUCUGCAAAAUUGUGAUUGCUCUGCACAAGAUCAACUUCUACUGCAGCAGCCUGCUCCUGGCCUGUAUCGCCGUGGACCGCUACCUGGCCAUUGUCCACGCCGUGCAUGCCUACCGCCACCGCCGCCUCCUCUCCAUCCACAUCACCUGCGCGACCAUCUGGCUGGCCGGCUUCCUUUUUGCCCUGCCAGAGAUCCUCUUUGCCAAGGUCAGCCAGCCCCAUCUCAAUGACUCCCUGCCGCGCUGCACCUUCUCCCAAGAGAACGAGGCCGAAACCAAGGCCUUGUUGGCCUCCCGCUUCCUCUACCACAUCGGGGGGUUCCUGCUGCCGAUGCUGGUGAUGGGCUGGUGCUACGUGGGGGUGGUGCACCGGCUGUGCCAGGCCCAGCGCCGCCCUCAGCGGCAGAAGGCGGUCAGGGUGGCCAUCCUGGUGACGAGCAUCUUCUUUCUCUGCUGGCUACCCUAUCACAUCGUCAUCUUCCUGGACACCCUGGCGAGGCUGAAGGCUGUGGGCAACACCUGCGAGCUGAAUGGCUACCUCCCCGCGGCCAUCACUGUGUGCGAGUUCCUGGGCCUGGCCCACUGCUGCCUGAACCCCAUGCUCUACACCUUUGCCGGUGUGAAGUUCCGCAGCGACCUGUCUAGGCUUCUGACCAAGCUGGGCUGUGCCGGCCCGGCCUCCUCCAUGGUUUGA